UUGCUCUAUAUGUGGCAUCGGAGCUGCUGUAGGAAUCCAGUCCAAAUGUUUUCCAUAUUAGUUCAGAGCUUUUCUCUGUUUUCAAAUAGCAGCUGAGCUGGGCUUGGUAAAGUCAGGGCAGGGAGGAGACGGGAGGGGGAGGGAGCAGGGAGGCAACAGAGAGACACGUCCACCCCAAAGAAAACGAACUGGAAAAAAGUCUUGAAGACAAACACGGAAAGAGUGCGAAGGCACGAGGAAAAAUGGGACAGGGCCGGAAAGGUUCCUCAGACAAGAAGCAGAGAGAGAAGAAUAGAGAUGACAGCCCAACACCAGAGAAUGGCAAUAAGUGCAGAGUGUGUCGAUUCCCUCUGCUCGUCGCCCUGCUGCAGCUGCUGCUAGGGGUGGCUGUCACAGCCGUGGCCUUCCUCAUGCUGGCCAUCAGCCCCUCACUCACAGCCCGGGAGACUCCACACUGGGCUGGGAUCAUUCUUUGUUUGGUUUCUAUUGUUGGGUUCUUCCUCUACUGCAUCACCUACCAGCCAGAUGAGAGAUCAUCUACACAGUUUAUUGUUAAGCUCCUGUACUUUAUCCUGUGCACCACUGGCCUGGUCAUCUCACUGCUGGUUGUGGCAUUUGCUGGACAUCACCACUCUCAGGCCAGCAGCUUCAGUUGCCAGCAGAAAGGAAACGACUGUGUGUGUGUGCUGGAAAAGAGUGACCCGAUAGCCCGCACCUUUGACUACAAGGGGGUUAGCGACUGCGAGAUGAUAACUGGCACGCUCAUCUUUUACUUCCUGCUCCAGAUCCUGCUGAACCUUGCCCAGGCUCUAGUCUGUGCCGCUGGAGCCUUCAUCAUGUGGAAGGAUCGCUACCAGGUCUUCUUCGCAGGGACACAGAUCAGAUCUCCCUCCACCCAGCAGUGGCAAAAAGUUUAACAUGUUGGGUGCUCAGUCAGAGUCCAGUGGAGGUCAUAUUUUUCUCCUGUGUGACUUAGCGUUAAAGGACUUUUGGGUGUGUGCCUUUAUGUGUUUUCUCUCCCUGUCAAUUAUAGACAGGUGACAAAUUACAGGAAAAACGUGCUGUUUGAGAUACUUUUUAACAACAUUCAGGAACUUUCAACUUUUCACCGAGGUACAGGGUAGAUAAGAAAUGAAUUAAUCUGCUGACAUGUGCUACUCCUCUACAACAGUGUGCUGUUGAAGUGUUGCAGCUGCUUCUGUUCGGCAUCUUAAAAGUAACAAAACCAGGAGGUUUUAUACAACCACUGUACAGUGCUGCUACAAAAUCCGUCAACAUCGAGCUGUUUCCUUCGUAUUUCCAGGAAACCGGGGAUGCAGUGUGACCUCAGCUGAUUGAAGCUGCAUGAUUCACUGAGUUUCAGUGUUGUUUGCAAUCAGUACUCCCCCAGUGCAACCGGACGUUAACAGAAGUUGUGAUGGAAAAUAAGAUGAGAUGACACACAGAAAGGCCAAAUUAAAACACAUGGAAUAUUCGACCAAUCAGGAAGUAUCAACCCAAAAGGUCAGGGUAGUCUUUAGAGAAAACUUCCUCCUUAGCAGGGCUGGGUUCUCCUUUUUGAUUCCUGACUGGAAAAAGUCUCUGCAGGAAAGAUAGCAGUUUCCACAAAGCAUAUCAUUUUAUUUAAUCCUUUCUUAAUUCAACAAUUGAGAUCAUUGAUUUAAACGUAAGUUAAAAAACCUUUAUAAUUAUGACUCGUAUCAUGUUCACCUGAUCAAUUCGUUCCCUCUUUUUUCCUAACUGGGGGGAUGUAUUCAUUCUGGAAGAUGUGUCUCUUUUUGUCAGAGCUUUACAUCAGCAUCAGUUUUGUCCUGAGCCAACAUCAGACUCUCUCAAUGUAAUAUCUUCCUUUAAUUUGUCAUCUUUCUGUAGUUGCAAAUAUUGUGGUGAUUUUAUAAUUAUAGCGUUUUGCACACAACUUUGUACUCGUAGUUUCCAAGUGUUGCCAAAUGAAGAUUUUAUGCACCCGAAAAGAAAACUUUUUUUUUUUCUAAAAUCUUUUACAUAAGUUUUGCUUUGUUUCAAAAUAACAGCAAAUGUGUACACAACAUUUGCUGUUGUGUACACAAACUGCAAUCCCAGACACAUCACUGCAAUCAGUAUUUGUUUUGUAGCUCAAAGACCGGCAUUUUGCAGGAUUUCUUUGGUUUCUCUGUAAAUGGGGUUUACUGGUCAGGACUGGUUGCUUCAGUGUCCCUUUGAUCUGCGCUCAAGUUUUUAUUUACAUAACUAACGCAGUCGACACCAGGAGUUGUGUUCUCAGUUUAGGAUUUGCAAAGUUACAUAAAGUUUUUGCAUUAUGCUUUAAGAAACAGUUUUCACAGAAUAAAAUGGUUGUGAUCAUGGUAUUAACAAAACAUGGGCUCAGGUUUCCUGAUUCCUUCUGCACUGAAGCCUUCAGUGGUAAACAACAAGUACAGGGCAAUGAAAAAGUAUCUGUUCUCUUCUGUUGUUGUCUUUUUAGCACACCAAAAAGUUUCAGAUCAUCAACCUUUAGUCUAAUCAGACUGAGAUUAUUUGAUUAAAUAGAAAAUAUAGAAACUAUUUUGAAUGAUAAUUCGAUUAUUAAAGGUAAAAGCUACCCAAACCAACCUGGCCCUGUGUGAAAAGUAUCCUAGACCUAAUAGCUAAACAGAAUCCACUUGAUGGCAGUGACUGCCACCAAUGUUUGCAAUAACUGGUAAUGAGUGAAGAAGUUUUACCCUGUUUAAAGCCUUACCACAGCAUGUCAGCUGAACUAAGUUUAGAUUUUGACUUUGCCAGUCCAAAACAUUCAUUUUAUUCAUUUUUGUGAGAAGUUCAGUUGUGGACUUGCCGGUUUGCUUUGUACUCUUGUCGUCGUCUAUAAUCUAGGUGUUCUAGAGCUUAAGGUCAUGAAUUGAUGGUUGAAUAUUCUCCUUCAGGAUCGUCUGCUGGAGAGCAGAAUUUAUGGCCCCAUCAAUUAACACAAGUAAUCCAGGUUCAGAAUGAAACAUGUUUAAUCGUAGGUAUGUUUUUUUUUUUUCCUGAGUUGCUGAGCACGUCCGGUCAGUCCAAAGAACAUUUUUGAAAAAGUUUUGUAGAUAAUCAAAACUUUUUGUUUUUUGGCAAAUGUGAGACAAGCCUUUGUGAUGUUAUUAGUCAGAAGUGGUUUUAACUUUGGUACUCUCAUAUGGAUCCAGUUAAAUAAUGAUUUAACACAAGGGUCAUUUCCGUUUUCCCAUAGAGGCAGGUUAGUUUGGAUGGCGUUUUUCCACUAAUAAUAAAAGCAUCAUUUGAGAACAGUC